AUGGAUAACAAUGACAACAACAAUGACAACAACAAUAACAAUGACAACAACAGGGACAACAACAAUGACCUUAAUAAUGAACUAGACAAUGUCCUCAACAACGUGAGUAGUUCAUAUUUGAACAUUGUUAAUAAUGACUUCGGCAGUAGAGGAAGUGAGAUGUUUGAUAAAAAUAGUAAAAUUGUGUGCGUUGUAUCAAAGGAAUUCUAUGAUAAUAUUAGAGAACGCCUCUUACCAAACCAUGUGAGUCUUUUUUUACUUCACGUUAAAAGUUUUCUUCACUUUUCUUUUCUCUUAUUUUAUUCUCACUCUUGUUCGAGCUCUUCAAGCGAUGUUUCCCCAACAGUCCAGUUACUCAUAACGUUCAGCGUGAGUGCUUUUCCUUACAUUAUGAAUAUUGUUGCGGCGAAAAAAGGAGAAGAUCAGAAAGAUACGUGGAAACAACAGUUGAAACGACAUGUGAAACGAUUAGUUAACAAACUGACGGCUUCAAAACCUGAAUUACGUCAGACUGAAUUGGGUAUAACCUCCUCUCAUGACAAACCCGAAUUAAUUGAACAUUUGAUUCAACGAGUGGAACUAACAACGGACAAUUCUACGACUGGCGAAACAGAAUCCAACCAAAUUCGUGAAGUAAAUAAUGAAAAUGACGAUUUAAUUAUUAGAGUGAGUAGCGUUUAA